AUAUAUAUUUAAUAAUUUAAUAUAUUUUUCGGAGUUAUAAUAAUAUAUAUGAAUAUAAUUUACGUAUGGGUUACGUUAUCCUUUGUAUAAAUUUUUACAACAACCAUACGAGGAAUCUUCACGUAUAUUCGUUUGUACGCAUACAGGGUGAGAUAUAAGUUGCUUUCCAUGAACUAAUUAUUUGUACAUUUUUAUAUAUUAGUGUAUCUGCAUUUAUUCACAUAAAUUCUUCAAAUUGGUGUUCAUUAUACUCAAUAUGCAGCUCACUAACAAUUAGUCCAAUUAUUAAUUUAUAUAUGGCAGACAGUUGGUGUCUUCAAGUUUUUAAAUAACCGGUUCUAUCAAUCAUUCUAACUGAUUUCAAAUUUUGUGGAUUGCUGGAGGAAAGCAAUUCUUGUCUCACCCUAUAUAGAUGUAUACAGGGUGUCCCAUUUGGUAGAAACUUUUGGUAGGAAAUUCUUGAAAUAACUGUGCAGUUAAUCUUUCUCAGGUAAAAAGGGAUCAACGAAGCAUUCUUAUGCUACGGUCAACGAAACACAAGUCCGUUUAUCAUUUCGUAUUUUGGUAGUAACAUUUUUAAAUUUAAGCAUUUAAGAUCCCAUGGCGUUUAUACAAGAUAUUUGUUUUAUUUUUAUUUAUAAAAUAAUACAAAAUGGUCAAAUUUUGCUGAAACAUGGACACCCCGUAAACAUGCUUACCUAUAUGACUCAUAUAGUGACACAUGUGUAUGUACAUAUAAGGAACUAUACGAGUCGGCGUCGAAUAAAUUUCAUUUACACACCUGCUCUUCUUUGAACAAUUCAUCAUCUAUAAUCUUUUUUCUUUUUUUUUUAAUUAAUUAUUAAUUUUUAUCCGAAUUAGAAGGAAGGUUUUUUUUCUUUUUUAAGAAAAAAUAAAACAAAGAUUAUUUUUACCGAAGGAUAUUUUAAAAAGUACAAGGACAAAAAGAAUAAAAAAUGAUAAAAUAUAGCUUUACUCGUCGGAUCACCUUUUUAACACACCUGAAAAUUGUUCGUUCUUAUUUAUGCGUUACGGCAUAGCGAUUAGAAGUAAUUUGAAUGAUAAAGAAACUUAAAAAUAAAUAUAUUGAAAGAAACAAAAGGUAUAAUAAUAGUUACGUUCCAUUAGAAUGUAGGAGUUUAGUUUGAUGAACACAAAAAGAAAAAAAAGCUAACUUGUAUCGUAAUACACAUACCCGCAGGGAAAUAAUAUUUGAUGUAUUUUUUGUAGGAAUAUGAAAAGAAAACUAAGAAGUGAAAGAGAAGAAAGAAAUAAAAGAAGCUCCAUUUAUAGUUGGUAGGCGUUUGGUGAGCGUUUUAAGUGGGGGUAAGCGGAUAGGUGGGCGUUCAGUGGGCCCACACAGGUGCGGUCGGACCCAACUACGGGUUCAGCGAUGGUACGUGCCGUGUCACGUUGUGUUACAUCUCUUGGAAUACAGUUUAACUGCUCUUUCCUCAAUCUUCUUCCAUCUUCUUACGCGUAACGUUUUUAGUCGACCCAGAUAACUCUCAGCCAAGUAAGUUUCUUUUUCAUUCUUUCUUUCCUUUCUUUUUUUUCUUUGUUUGUUUCUUUCUUUCUCUUCUGUUAGUUCCACGAAUACUUUCUUCUUCUUCUUCUUCUUAUUCUUCUUCUACUACCGGUACCAUUCCAGAAGUUCUAAGAGAGAAAGAGAAACGUUCUUUCUCCUAUCUCAUCAGGUCAACUAAUCGUGUAAAUAAGAAACGUGUGAUAAGGAUGCAUUGCAAAAUGAUAUUAAGAUACUCGCGAUUGAUCUAGUAUUGUUCUUAUUAAACGAUGAAGAUGUUUUGAAACAUACAGUGAUCGCCGAUCGUUGAAAAAUAAUACACCAGUUACGUGAGUAAUGCAUGAAGAUGAAGACCUUGUGCGUAGCAAUUGUUAUAUUACUAUCGAUGACGAUCAGAACUUGGGCAGAAGUCGAUUGCAACGAUCCCAACUGGCAUAAUCUUGAGACCAACGAAAGUUCGGUACAUAAUUGCGGUGAUGCGUUUAAAAAUCUUUGCCGUUGUUCAAGGAUGUGUUACGACGGUCAUCACCAAUAUGUUGUCAAUUGUACGAAUACCGGAUUUUUGGAUACAACGCCAUUAGAACAUCUUCCUAAUGCUACUCAGGUGUUAAUAUUUACGGGUAAUUAUCUGACAUUAUUACCAUGGAACAUAUUCGGCACGUUUGACAGAUUACCUAAUUUAAAAGUCAUUGACAUGUCCAACAACCACAUUCAAGAAAUAUGUGGAAAAGCUUAUCACCACGUUAAACGAGUGGAACGUCUUAUUCUUGAUUUCAAUGAACUUUCAUUGGAUCCUGGUAGAAGUCAUCCUAGAGUUUUCUCCAAUUUCGUAUCACUUUUAGAGUUGCAUUUAACUGAUGCUUUUGAGGAUGGUCAACCGAGAGAUUUAGCAGAGACUCUUCACGAUAUAUUCGUUAAUAGCAAUCUAACUCAACUAAUGAAAUUGCAUUUGGAGCAAAAUGAGAUAUCAGAGUUCAAGGAUCCAAACGUUUUCUGUGAUCUACCAAAUCUUUUAGAUUUACAUUUAGGAGAUAACGCAUUGACGGGAUUGCAUUUCAAUCUAUCGUGUCUUCAUAAGUUACGUUUCUUGGAUCUUCAGAGAAAUAAAUUUACAAAAAUCUUGGAUUCCGAUAUUCGUACUAUGGAAUCUGUUAUUAAACAGAAUCAAUCGUUCACCGUGGAUUUCUCGAAAAAUCCAUUGACGUGUUCCUGCAGACUUAAUCCAUUUAUCGAAUGGAUGAACAAGACCAAAGUUUUUAUAAGAAAUAAGAGCAGCUUGCAAUGUGUGGAAGAUGGAAAAUCUAAGAGCAUUUAUGGGGCGCAUCCUUGUCCGUUAGGAUUAAGAUUGUCGAAAACAGGAAUUUUGAUAGCACUGUAUUUCUUUACGUUCCUUUUAGUCGUUUUAUUGUGUGCUCUCGUUUACGUGAACCGUAUAAAACUACGGAAGAAAUUUGAACCAAUCAUUAAUUCCGUUAAUAAAAGAGUUAGAUAUAGCACCAUAGCAACUGGUGAAACCCGUGAGGAUGUAUAAGUACAUUUAAUAAGCCUAAGUAUAGUGGGUAAUUGGUUAACAAACAUAAUCCUGUUCAAAGGUGAUGACUGUUAUUCGAAGUGUUCAAUAACCGAUAUGCCCAUUGUAUUUUUAAUUUCUUAUUCAAAACUAUUAUAGAUCACUUUACAACCAUUCAUUAUUAUAAUUACCCCGUCGAUUCGUUUAAAGAAUUAUUUUUAAUUCAAAACGUUCAUCAGUAUAUUACCAUUUUUUAUAUAUAUAUAUAUAUAUUAAUGCAUAAGCUUGAUUAAUACGUUAAUUCGAUGAAAAAUCAUAUAAGGUUGACGAACAUAUCAUUUA